GGGUUUGGGAUGUGAUGCAAGGUGUCUUUGCUGACUGGAUCCAUGCUGAACUGAAGGUGAAGGAAAAUGCGCAUAUCAUCAUUAAUUUGGAUUCUGCACCUCAUGAAUCUUACGAAAGGCCUUGAUGACACAAGACGUAGCUCCUCCGUGAACAGACUGUGUCCGGCAGGUUGUGCGACGUGCUCGGCCCUGAACGGCUGUCUGUCCUGUAAACCUCGCCUCUUCUUCCACCUGGAGCUGGACGGGAUGCGGCAAAGGGGCACCUGUCUGUCCUCCUGUCCCCGGGGUCACUAUGGCACACGCUCUCCGCACAUCAGCACCUGCACCAGGUGCAAAGAAGACUGCGCUUCCUGUUUCAGCGAAAAUUUCUGCACACAUUGUCACCCGGGUCACUUCCUGUUCCGGGGCAAAUGUGAAAACAGCUGUCCAAAUGGGCUGACGCCAAACGCAGUGCUGCGAGAAUGCACAGAGUGCUCUCCAGGCUGUGAGGUGUGUGUGAGGAGGAACAUGUGUGUGAGGUGUAGAGCAGACCUGUACUUCCUCCACAGUCAGUGCCAUCUCACCUGCCCGACGGUGUUUGAGCCUGAUGUGCAGCUUAUGCAGUGCGUCCCCCGAGUGCACUGUGAGGUCGGGGGAUGGACAGCUUGGGGUCCAUGUGUUCGGAAAAAGAGAAAGGGGGCGUACAGGAGGGGACAGGAGACACGUAUCCGACAGGUUCUGCGGUCUCCAAGUGUCCACGGGAACCCCUGCCCACAUGUGUCAGAGGCCAGGAAGUGUGUCAUCAAAAAGAGGCCGAAGAGUCGACGUAGGUUGUAGUAGCUGGAACGAGAGUGCCUUAAAGGCUAUUUGUAGAUAUCGCAGAGACAUAC